AUGGCUCCGGCACCCGUGGACACAGCUUCUCUCUCCGCCAAGACCAACGGAAAUGGCCAAACCACUGCCAACAAGAAACGCAAGAUGGACUUUGAAAAGACUGCGAACGUCGAGAUUGGUUUCCAUGGGCCGCCGGAAAUGGAAUUCAAAACCCAAGGGGAGCACAGAGAAUAUGUCAAAGCCCGGCUCGCCGGCGCCUACAGGAUUUUCGGUCACUAUGCAUUAAACGAGGGCGUCGCAGGUCAUAUCACAGUUCGUGAUCCUAUUGAGCCCGAGACAUUCUGGGUCAAUCCGUUCGGAGUGGACUUCAAUCUUAUCAAAGCCAGUGAUCUUCUCAGGGUGGAUCACAGUGGUAACAUUCUCGAACACGGACGUGUGAAGAUUCUCAAUCGCGCUGCCUUCCUCAUCCACGGAGCUAUUCAUGCUGCGAGACCGGAUGUGAAUUGUGCUGCACAUACACAUAGCGUGAGCGGUAGGGCUUUCUGUGCUCUUGGGAAAACCUUGGACCCCAUUGGCCUGGAAUCUUGCAUCUUCUAUGACGAUCACGCGGUAUUCGACGGAAAGGGUGUUGUGUUAGCGGAGGAUGAAGGCGCCGAUGUUGCAGAGGCGCUCGGCGGUAGGAAAGCUGCGUUGUUGAGGAAUCACGGAAUUCUAACUGUGGGCUCGAGCAUUGAGGAGGCCGUCAAUUGGUUUUACCUUCUGGAUCGAUGCUGCCAGGUUCAGUUGAUGGCGGAUGCUGCAGCGCUUGGAAAGGGAGGAGAGACCGUGAAGAUGAGUGAUGAGGAAGCUGUCUAUACAAGGGGGGUGGCGGGAAGUCCUAGGGCUGGGUGGUUUGGAGGACAGAUGAUGUUUGACUUGAUUGAUGAGAUUACCGGGAAGAGAUACAUGGAGUAG